AUGGAGGAGGAGACGGUGGCGGUAGCAGAUAGAGUAGUGGUGGCGGAGGCAGUGGAAAUUGAAGAAGAAACGGGAAAAGAUGUUCUGGCCCUAAUGAUUCCUGAGGAGAUUGCCAACACAAAAGCCUAUGAUGGACCACCAAGAAGAGAAGAAGAAGAGAUUGCGAUGGAGGAGGCCAAGGAGGCUGAAGUUGCAUUGGAGAAGGUUGUAGGGGAGGCACAACCAGAGGUGGCUGAAGAGAAAAAGAAGAAGAAGAAGAACAAGGGAAAGAAGGUUGGGGAGGUUGAAUCUUCCCAUCAUCGUAAAGAAAAGAUGAAUAAAGAGAAAAAGGAUGAUGAUGAAAAUGAGGAGGCCAGGAAGGAAAGAAAGAAGAAGGAGAAAGAAGAAAAGAAAAUGCGCUGGUGUGAAGAGAGGCGCCUGAGAAAGGAAGAGGAAGCGAGAUAG